CUUCCUCCCAAGGGAAGAGCACUAACUCUAGGAUUGGGUUAAAAAAUUAUCAUUCCCCUGGAGUUGUUAUGCUCAUUUCAGUUGUCGAGUGCAUAGUAGGGAAAAAACACUGAAGGAAAAGAGUUGAGAGUCAUUUUUAUACGCUGAAACUUAAGACACUUGUACGCACACGGUCACCAGCAGAGUUAGAAUUUUGUGGAUUAAUUUGUCUUACUGCCAAAUCCAUCGCCACCAUUUCCUCCAUGGAAUUAUCAGAAGCUGAUUUGUUUACGGACGCAGAAAUAGAGGACCACAAUUUCAAUGAUGAAUGGGAGUUAAGCUCUCUGAACCAAGAUUUCUCUUUUACAAACAUCUGGGAUUGUUUUCAAGAAACACUAUCCUCAGAGAGUAACAACUCCUGCUCCCCUUGCUUUGAGGCUCCCUUGACUCCUGCCAACAUUGAGGAGCCUACAGAGAAAUUUCCUGAGCCUGAUAAGAACUGGAGCUUUUCUUCUACAAACAUGGGCAUUCUGUCUUUUGGACACCCGUGUUCAGAUGAAAGAUUGAAGACGGUGGAAGCUGUGAUCAAGGUGUCGAAUAAUGCAAAAGUGAAGCGGAGUGCGACUGGUAAUCAAGAGCAUGUAAUUGCCGAGAGGAAGAGGAGGGAGAAGAUAUCCGAGCAUUUGUUUACGCUGUACAAAAUUAUUCCUGGCAUGAAGAGGAGAGACAAGGCUUCUAUUCUCAAGGAUACAAUUGAUUACAUUAAAGAAAUGGUGCAGAAACUCAAGACCCUCGAAGAGCAGGCAGCGAAAGAAACGGUGAAGUCUAUAUUUGUAUCAUCUGAAAAAUCCCAGCCCUUCAUUAGUGAUGACAAAAGUGGCGAUGACCCUCCCUCACCUGAUACCCAUCUCAAUAUCGAGGCAAAAAUAGCAGCGAAGAUCGUCCUUAUCAAGAUUCAUUGCAAGAAUCGACGAGGAAUGCUACUCAAGGCACUCAGUGAGAUUGAGAAAUUUCAUCUCAGUGUCAUCAGCUCGAGUUCUCUACCCUUCUCAGAUCAGUUUCUUGAUAUAACCGUAACAGCUCAGGUUGAAGAGGGGUUCUCAAUGACAGUGAAGGAUCUUCUGAAGAAGCUAAACACAGGUUUCAGAAAGUUCAUGUCAAGAGAUUGAGGCAUUUCUUAGCUAGUGUUUUAGUUAUAUAUUUUCAAUACUUAA